AUGUACAGAGCCCAGUAUAUUUGGAGGAACUACCAAAGGCCUCUUAUCAUUGCUGGUGUAGGAGGCGGGGUCUUUUAUUACAUCAACCUCGAGGAAGUUCCAAUAUCACAUCGCCGCCGUUUCAAUUUGCUCUCUCCCGAGGCCGAAAAACAGAUCAUGGGCGGUGACGGAGUGUACAAGCAGGUACUGGCGGAAUUCAAAGGCAAGAUUCUUCCGUCUAAUCAUCCUUUGACCAAGGAAGUGGCACAUGUCGUGGAACGUCUGCUUCCUACAACGGGUGGUCUCGCCGGCGACGAGUGGGUAGUGCAUGUGGUCGAUGAUCCAAGCACGAUGAAUGCGUUUGUCAUGCCUGGAGGGAAAGUCUUCGUUUUCACCGGGAUCCUGAAAGUUUGCCAGAAUGAAGCUGGCCUUGCCUCGGUCUUGAGUCACGAAAUGGCGCACAAUGUUGCGCAUCAUGCGGCAGAAAGGCUCUCCAGAUCGGGCUUCACUCUCCUUGCCAGUAUGAUCUUCGUGCUAUUCCUGGGCAUCGACAGGGGGAUCUCGAAUUCUAUAACCCAACUAGUCCUCGAAUUUCCCAAUUCAAGAACACAGGAAGCCGAAGCCGACCACAUCGGUCUGCUUAUGAUGGCAGAAGCAUGCUACAACCCUCGAGAGGCUGUCGCAUUUUGGGAACGGAUGAAAAAGUCGGAGCAACUCCAACCUCCACAGUUCUUGUCGACCCAUCCAAGCCAUUAUAAUCGCGCUGAAUAUAUCAAGAAGUUGCUCCCGGACGCCGAGGCGAAGUUCGCUGAACAUGGCUGUUCUUCGAUGAGACACUAUACAAAUGAAUUCAAAGACGUAUUAGCAUGGCAUCGACUCGGAAAAGACGGACCGAUAAGGAUGCAGCAACCACAGACGAGAGACGAUGAUGACGACUUUUUCUGA